AUGUCUCAAAAUCAGCAAUCUCCUUUCUCCUCGUCAAUUUACGAUAGUGAUUUCGAUAACUAUAUUCCUCCUAAUCACCCUUUUACGCCUAACCUAUCCGAGAGUCAGGAAACAUUACCUUCCCUCGAUACAGAUUUCCUCCGACCGCUACUACCCCCCGCAAUACCUCCAUCACUUACGCGUGUUGGCCCUAGUCGUAACAAAGCCUAUAUUCUCUACGACGAAAUGCUCCAUAGCGACUGGAGACUGGAUUCGGCAAGAAAGACUAUAUACCCUGGGAUGCGAAACAUCAGUCUAGUACCUAGAACGAAUUUCACCAGGUCGCCUAAAGCUCUGAUGGUGCUGCAAAGGUUAUGUAUACUUAAGCACCCAAACUUCGUCCGUUACACAAAGGAUGGGAAGAAACAGCGCCAAGGAACCUCGACUAUGAAAGGUUAUCUUUCCAGUGCGGGCUGUAUCAAAGCUUCUCAAGGUCAAGGGAUGAAUAUCACUCAAUUUCUGCAGCCAAAGAAUACGCUAGUUACAGAGGAGUUUAGUCAGGAGAUAUGGGAAGAAAAGCUUCUUACAUUUCUAACGGUCGCACGCCUUCCCUUUCGGCUGAUUGAGCACCCCGAAUUCCAUCGCUUAAUCCGGAUAGCUCAAUCCGCGCUAAUAGUCCCUGAUAUUCCUUCAGCAAAGAUAAUACGACGACGUCUACAGUUUUCUGUACAACAACAGCAAGAGAGGAUUCUUAGGAUACUUCCAGAAGGUGCUAAGAUCUCGAUUGCCCUUGAUUGCUGGACUUCACCUUUUACACAGGCAUUUAUGGCUAUAACCGGCUACUUUAUCGAUAAGGAUUGGCAAUACCGCGAGGUUCUUCUUGGCUUUGAACCGCUUCAUGGAACACACUCUGGUACUAACCUAAGUUCCGUUGUCCUCGAUAUCCUUCUACAACACAAGAUUGAAGGUCGAGUCUUUGCAAUCACAACUGAUAAUGCAUCAAACAACCAAACAUUACUUAGCCUAAAUGAGCUUCUUGGGUAUAUCAAGGCUUGCCUAUUGAAUGAAUCAACCGAGACACGGUGGAUAGAGCAGCGAUCCCAGUCAGCGCGUGCGAAUACAACUAAGCAUGAUAUUGCCAAUACGUUAUUCAAGAUUCGGAGCCUUGCAAUCUAUAUGAACGCAAGUCCUUAA